AUGAAGUUCACCUUCGCAACCAUCACAGCGCUCAUCGCGCCUAUCCUCGGUCAGAGCAUCACGCCAGCUCCUACAUCAACGGAUCCGUGGUAUGGUUCCGGUCCACCAUGGGCAUCCUCCGACCCAGGAAAAUGGUCUUCGAUUUAUGAAUCCCUCCUCUCAGCCGGAAAGAUCCCAUCGACUCUGACCGCCGCGCCCUGGCCAACCGGUAGUUACGGACCGGGCCAAGGACCCUGGGGACCAGGCGGACCUCAUGGCCCUGGAGGACCGGGAAGACACUGGGGAGGCCCAGACGGUCCCGGCCCCUGGGGCUCCUCCAACUUCGGUCCCUACAGCGACUGGUCGACACGUUCAGACUGGCGAUCAGGCCCCUGGACCGCAUGGACCCUGGAGUAG